GAUGAGUGUGUGUGUGUGUUGCGGGUUUAACUUCACAAGCGACUGAAGAAAGCCACAGUAAAUACCUAAACCCAUGGGCCUGAAAAAUUCCCACCCCAAGUUGUUCCCGGGAGACAUCGUGGAGUAUCCCAGGAACAAAUACUUCUCUCAUUUCGCGGUGUACUACGGCGAGAAGGACGGCGUUCCCUACGUCGCUCACCUGACAUGUCGAGAUUCAGACUCCAAGCUGCCGCUCUUUGGCCGAGCUCUGAGGUCAGAGGUCAAGCUGGAUCCACUGGAGCUGCUGGGGGAAAAGUACAAGGUCAACAACAUGUUGGACAGCACGCACCCAGCCAGAGACUUCCACGGCGUGGUGAAGCAGGCUAUCGACGACAUGAUGGGACGUGAGGUGACGUUCGAUAUCUUGUUUCAUAACAGCGAGCACCAGGCGACGCUCUUCAGAUACGGAGUCAAGAAAUCCGAACAGAUAGAGAAGGUUUAUAAACACAUCAUGCCGGCCUGGAAGAAACUGUUCGAGAAGAAAAAACUGUGAAAUGUUCGCUUCUGAUCUCAACCACUGGAGGGCAACAUUCAAUCCAUCGAGCCAAUAUCAAGAAGCCACUGUCUGCACAAAUGUAUUUUCUGUUUGUAUCCAUUGAUUGGCCUACAUGUGCAUAUUUACCUUUAUAUGCGUUCAUGUCAAAUCUUACAAAUCUGUAAUAAAUACAAGAGG